AUGGCCCCGAGCCGCCCCCCUGGCGCUUCUCCACGGGGCGGCCGCGCACCUGAGCGCCACCCCCAGGGGAUGGCGGCCGGGCGGCGCUUGGAGGGCGCGCUGCGCUUCCUGCGGGGCAGCCUGGGCACUUGGGAAGGGCUGCCGGGCAGCGGCGGCGGGGAGGCGGAGGAGCAGCCCAGCGCCCUGGAGGCCUUGCCGAUUGAUGUGAAGUUACACAUUCUCUCCUUUCUCGCAUGCAAAGAUCUGUGUCAUCUGGGAAGCACAAGUCGCUACUGGCAUCUCACAGUUCAGGAUCCUUUGCUCUGGAGAUACCUCCUCAUUCGAGAUCUCCCUUCUUGGCACUCUGUUGACUGGAAUUCUCUCCCGGACGCAAAUAUAUUUAACAGACCUUUCUCUGCCCCGGUUGACUACCUGGCCGUGUAUAAGAAGUGUUGUUCUUGGCGGAAAAGACCUCUGAAAUCAAGUCAGUCCUCUUAUAGAACUGUGACUUCCCUUUUACAUGCGUUGGUCACGCAGACAGAACCCCGCUAUGCUAUGUUUGGGCCAGGACUGGAAGACUUGGAUGAAUCUUUGGUGCACAGAAUGAUGACGAGUCCAGAGGUCUUGCCGCUUGCUGGUUUACCUCACAGACAAAUCCAUGGAAUAGGAUCAGGAGUCACAUUUUGUUUUAAGAACAACCAGAAAUUCAAUAUUCUGACGCUAUAUUCAAAGACAAGCAAGGAAAGGCGCACAGCCAGAGAAGCAUCCGCCAAUCCCAUCAACAAGAUAUUCUACGAAAUAAACAACAUUGAUGGGACGAUGCAGUACAAUCCAAUUGAGCACGUUAAAAACCUGUGCGUGUUGGUUGACGGGUUUAUCUUCGUUGCAGAUGCUGAAGCCCACAAAAGACACAGCCGGCAGACAGAAGUGGCUCAGAUCGCGGCCAUGCUUAAUCCGGCCCUCGGGCCUCCGGGGAGGCCUUUGCUGAUCUUGUCCUGCGUUUCUAGUGCGGGGAUUGAAAGAAUUCCUUGUGUUUACAUGGCACAUCAACUACAACUCAACUCGCUGGGCCAACCAUGGAUGGUUCAGGAUACCGAAGCUUCAACGCUAGCGGGACUGUUGGAUGGAAUUGAAUGGCUCUUGGAAGAAACUGGAUACGACACUUCCCAAUGA